AUGGACUUUCUCCCCGUUGAGCUGGUCCGCCUCAUCUUCCAGCACUGUGAUGGCCCCAGCGUGAAGGCCCUCCGCGAGACCGCCGGGCGGUACGCCGACGUGGGCUACGAGUACCUAAUCGAGCCGCACUUUCUCGCGGUUGACUGGCGUGAUGACAUCUCACGGCUGCGGUCCAUUGCCGGUCACGACCGACUCCGCGGUGCCAUCCGCUCGCUGACCUUCAAGUUUGGCAAAAUCGACGCAUACAACAAUGCUUGCAACAGCAACACCACUGCCUCCAUCGCCUCCUUCGACGCAUGGCACCCAACGGCCUCCAAUGAUGACGAGCAUGGGCUCAGUUCCCCCGGCUCGCCCUGCUCGCCGAGCUCGCCUAAUUCGCCCUUGCAGGACGCCUGGAUGCGUUACUUUGAAAUCCAGGUGGCCACUCGCAACCUACCGCCGUUACACGCCCGCUCCGCCCUCCUCGCGGAAGCCUUUGAAUGUCUGCCCAACCUCCGCGAGCUCAACAUCAACCUCGCCAGAUCCCCCUAUGACUUCCCCUUACUGCAGGACGUCUUCGACACCCGCGGCAACACCACCCCCAAUCCCAACCCCAGCAGCAACAACAGCAAACGCGACCGCGAACAGAACUGCAAGAACCUCAACGCCAUCAUCGGCGCCCUCCGACACGCCCCCCAUCUCGAGUCCCUCUCCAUCGACCAGCUCCCCCUCGAAAUCUUCCGCCUGCCCGACGACCGCCGCCACUGGCUCGCCAGCGCGCCAACCUUCGCCUCCCUUUCCCGCCUAACCCUCGUCCUCGACCCGCCCAACGGCCUCCUCCCCUCAGCCCGCGCCCGCGCCCUCAACGGCCUGGCCGCCGUCCUGCACGCCAGCGCCAACCUGACCCAUCUGACCAUCGCGUUCCGCAACUACCACCGGCCGCGGGAGAAGUUCCAUCUGUCCUUCCGCGCGCUGUUUGGAGGUGGUGGUGUUGAGUUCGUCUACCGCCGGUUGACUGAUCUUAAGCUGGAAGGGGUUACUUGUGGCGAGCAGGAUCUGAAGCGGUUUAUUCUGCGCCAUGGCGCCACGCUGGAGCGGCUGAGGCUGGGCGGGCGAGGGGCUGUGGCUUCGGGGAGGGUUACCGGCGGUGUGCAUCUCCAUGAGGGUUCUUUCCGGGGCCUGUUUACCGGCCUGAGGGGAAACAUGCCGCGCCUGCAGCGGUUUCAUAUGGAAGGGGAUGCUCAGGCGGGGGAUUUCAUGACGAGUUCGCGGGAGAUGUAUGUGUUUAGCCCCGUGACAGAUGAUCAGUGGGCGCCCCUGGAUUUGGAUUUGGAUAUGGAUGAGUUUACUAUUUCGGGGGGAAGAUAUGGAGGGGAGCAGCGGGAGGAGAGAAUGACGCCUCGUAUCAAGACGGUGAACUGUUUGGGACUGGAGCGGUUCUUGGUUCAGGGGGGAGAGUAUCCCAAGUUGGGAAGAACGCUGAUGGUUUAA